CAUGUUCAUGCUGGACCUCUACAAUGCCAUGUCCGUGGAGGAGGGGGCGGCGGGGGCCGCUGCUGAGGAAGGCGAGGGCUUCUCCUACCCCUACAAGCCCAUCUUCAGCACCCAGGGGCCGCCCCUGGCCAGCCUGCAGGACAGCAACUUCCUCACCGAGGCUGACAUGGUCAUGAGCUUCGUCAACUUGGUGGAGCAUGACAGAGAGUUUCACCAUCAACGCUGCCACUACCGAGAGUUCAGGUUUGAUCUCUCCAGAAUCCCAGAGGGGGAAGCGGUGACGGCUGCUGAGUUCAGGAUAUACAAGGAUUACAUCCGCGAACGCUUCGAUAAUGAAACGUUCCAGAUUAGUGUCUACCAGGUACUCCAGGAGCACCCGGGAAGGGAUUCAGAUUUGUUCCUGCUCGACUCUCGAACAAUCUGGGCCGCAGAAGAAGGGUGGCUGGUGUUUGACAUUACUGCAACCAGUAAUCACUGGGUGGUGAAUCCCCAGCACAACCUUGGCCUGCAGCUGUCCGUGGAAGGCCUCGAUGGGCAAAGCAUCAAUCCCAAACUGGCGGGUCUCAUUGGAAGGCAUGGCCCACAGAACAAGCAGCCGUUCACCGUAGCCUUUUUCAAAGCCACCGAGGUCCACCUCCGCAGCAUUCGCUCCACAGGAGGGAAGCAAAGGAGCCAGAAUCGAUCAAAAACACCAAAGAACCAGGAAGCUUUCCGGGUGUCAAACAUUGCAGAGAACAGCAGCAGCGACCAGCGACAAGCCUGCAAGAAGCACGAGCUCUACGUCAGCUUCAGGGACCUGGGGUGGCAGGACUGGAUCAUCGCUCCAGAGGGCUACGCUGCGUAUUACUGUGAAGGAGAAUGUGCUUUCCCACUGAAUUCAUAUAUGAACGCUACAAAUCAUGCCAUUGUACAGACACUGGUUCACUUUAUAAACCCAGAGACUGUGCCGAAACCCUGCUGUGCUCCUACACAACUCAAUGCCAUCUCAGUGCUCUAUUUUGAUGACAGCUCCAAUGUUAUCUUAAAAAAAUACAGGAACAUGGUGGUACGAGCAUGUGGCUGUCAUUAGAUUGGUAGGAAAGUGAGAAAAAGUUAUUUGUAAAGAGUGGUUUUGUACGGCUGCGUGGGGGAGGGGAAAAGGUUAGCACUCCAGCAAUGGGUUUAAGAAAAUCCCAAACAGUUUUUACGACUGGGCUUCUGAAAGUUCAGACAAUGGAAUAGUUUCUGGAUCUAAGUGGCAUUUGAAGACAUUUUGUUUUCGUUUAUUACAGACAAUGAGCUUGUAAACUGAAACAAGCCAGAGAAACCAUUUAAAACCAAAUCUGCCUACAAAAUUGGCUCCUACAGUACAUACUUUUGCAAAUGAGUCUGAAGAUUGCAAACUCACUAGUGUUGAUUGUGAGUUAAAAAGUAAUAAUCUAUCCAAGGUGAGAAUGUGCUGUGACUAAUAAGCAUGUGUAGUUCCUGUAAUACAGUUUGCAAUAAAAUAAGUGAACAAAA